ACUGAUUAAUUGAAACUAUGGGUGUUAUGAUCUUAGACACGAAUACAAUCUGUAUUAUUGCCAAUUAUUAAUUAUCGUUUCUUUGUUUCAGCUUCAUAUUUUGGCAUGUCAACGUACAAGUCUCCAGCAACAAAAUGAACGGUACAGACACGGAUUUCGACGUCUCUUCGACGACGCCGGCGUUUUUUAACGUGUCGGUCGGCAGGAAUUUAACCGGCAAUGAAACUGUCUCAGUGUCGCAGGAAAAUGUGUUCGAAAGUAAACUGAUCAUACCACUGUAUGUUAUAAUAUUCGUGUUGUCGGUUGGUGGUAACUCUUUAGUGCUUUUGACUUUGUUCAGAAAUAAACGUAUGAGAACUGUAACGAAUGUUUAUUUAGUUAAUUUGGCUGUGUCUGAUCUGUUACUGGGAGUCUUCUGCAUGCCGUUCACUUUGGUCGGGCAAGUUCUGAGAACGUUCAUCUUUGGAUCCACCAUGUGCAAACUAAUUCCAUACUUUCAGGCCGUUUCCGUUUCGGUGGGAGUUUGGACAUUGGUGGCGAUUUCGUUGGAGAGAUACUUCGCUAUUUGCAGACCGCUGAAGUCGAGACGGUGGCAGACGCAGUUUCACGCCUACAAAAUGAUUUUCGUCGUCUGGCUGGCCAGUUUGUCUUGGAAUUCGCCCGUACUCGUCGUUUCUUCUUUGCUGGCAAUGAGGCGUUAUAAAUGCAGGGAGAACUGGCCGAGCAAGCUGAGCGAACAGGUCUUCAACAUAGUACUGGACAUCCUCCUCCUGCUGAUUCCUCUGCUCAUAAUGUGCGUCGCCUACUCGCUAAUAAUGUCUAAACUGUGGAGAGGACUGCGUCGUGAAAUGGAACACAGCAAUUCAUGCCAGCGACAAAUGUUGGAUAGAGCGUUGAGUUCACCGACGAUCAACGAACUAUUGUCGCGCAACAAUAACGCGACGACAGAAACGAACAACACGAUUCCUUUGAGACAUUUCAGGAAGCGUCUGCCCAAGAUAACCGCCUCUUUUAUCCAGGAAAAGGUCAAGAAGUCGGUCGAGCGGGGCGAGAAACCCAAGGACUGCAUCGUUCAGAUUAAUACACCUAAUGGCAGAAUGUCGAACAACGAGUACAGCUUGAAGAUUGGAAACGGAACGAAAAUGGUCCGAACUGGGUCAUUAGAUCAAGUAAAUACGGAGGCGGUGGAGGAGGCGAAGGUCAACGUUAAAGAAACAAGACCAGACGAAAACUCCUACACUUUCACCAGAAACGCCAUCAGGUCCAACAAUAUGGAUAAAAGCAUCAUUGCCAAGAAAAAGGUGAUUCGCAUGUUGUUCGUGAUGGUGACGAUCUUUUUCAUCUGUUGGGCUCCUUUGCAUUUCAUCAAUACCUGGUAUCUUUUCGACCCCGAAGCCGUUUACAAAUACAUCGGCUCCACCGGCGUGUCUCUCGUGCAACUUUUGGCGUACAUCAGCAGCUGCUGCAACCCCAUAACCUACUGUUUCAUGAACAGGAAGUUCCGACAGGCCUUUCUCACCCUUUUCCAGACCUCCAAUUUUUGUUACAGCUGCUGCUGUAUGUACAAGAAAAAGCGUCAGGCUGAAAGAUGCUAUCUCCGCAGCGGCAUCCUGAAGCUGCCCCAGAACAAUUCGGAUGCGUCCUGCAACGAGUCGACGAUUUAUGUGCGACGUGCCAGCAAUCCGGGACGUUCCGAGCUGCUGGCGCUGGACGCCGAGGAUCGUGUUUAGCGCACCAUCGUCGUCGACAAGCUUCUCAAAACUCACCCAGGUGGUAGAAACAGACCCAGAAGAUGAAUCGUUCCGUUUCAAGAUCAAGUGGAUUCGUCCAUCGAACGAGCCACAUGUUGGACCCCAGUACGCCUAGCAUUAGCUUUUCUAAAACAUUUGUAAAUAGUAAUUGUACAUACAUUUUUCUCUGAUUAACAAUAAGGCUAAUUAAUUUUAAACUGAUUUCUAUGAAUCUGUCCAAUUUUAUCAGUUAAUUUAAUUGAACCACCCCCCAAAAUUGACCAGUAAAAUUGCACCAAAAAAUAAACUGCCAUGAAAGCGUGGGCUAAUCGCGGUUCUUUUGUGGUAUUUACUAUCAAUAAUUCACUUUGCUUGUUCGAUUUCCUUCGGUUCAAUCAACAAUAAUGAUGGAAAGAACGAGAGUAGGAAAAAAACGCAGGGAGCGAAUGAAGUUUUAAACGCACAACGAAAAAUCUGAAUUCAUUAAAUCUCGCUUAUUCCGACGAAUCCUUUCUUUUGUGAACGCUAUUGACUGAUAUCAUUUGAUCUGAUAAGACUGAUUUUUAUAUUUUUGUAUUUUGUGUGUUGAUUUUAAUGGGUUUAGCUUAGUUUUAACUCAGUCAAUCAUUUAGAACUAA